AUGUGUCGCCAAAUUUUUAAUUUCGUAUAUUUUGUUUGUUUUGAUGGAACCUUAGCCAUUUCGUUAAUGUCAGACUUUACCUUGUGGUAACAUCUAGUAAAAGUAAUGAUAUUGAGAAGGGGCCAAGGAUUUACGUUUAAUUAACCAAUAUCGAUGUUAAAUUGUAGAUAUUCUUUCGGUACGUCCCAUAAUUGUGUCCUUUUUUAACCGUCUUGUCCACCGCAGGACAACAACCGUAAUUCUAAAUAUACAUGUACUAGCGUACGUAGAUUGCAUAUAACCUAAUUUGAAUUCUUGCCCAGCUAAUUAAUCUUUAAGGUCACCCUCACUUUUUGUCAAGAAUGUAAACCUGGUUUGUUUAAUGUAUUAAUUAUGCAUAAAUUACGUUUGUAAUUAACUUCGAUUCUUAAGAAACCUUCAGUUUGGGUGAUUUAACCUUCUUAUUCAGAUUUAUACAAAUAAUUAAGUACACGAUAUGCUCUUGACCAUAAGUAGUUAUUUAAUGUUACCUACCACAUUUAAUUUCAACUGUAGUGCAACAAACACAUUCUCUGUAAAUAGAGACAAGAUGUUCACAAACUCUGCAAACAUGUACAGACUACUUGUAUUUGCAUCGUUCGUGACAGUAUCCAUUGCUGGAGUGGUUCGAGUUCCUAAAAUCUAUAAUGCGCUAAUAUCGUCGGAUGAAAAUCUAUCCCCUAGCCAUGCAAUUCCUGUCGUGGAACCAGUUUUAAGGACGACUGCUCUAGGAGUCGCUUUUCCGCCAAUAUACGUACAUCCUCCUCACAACGUAUUACUUCAGACGACUUCCGAAACCGAUCAGAAGGAUACGAAGAGCGAACCUCGUAGAAAUGAAACUGAAACAAUCGAGGAUAAGCGAGGAGAUAAGAAACCCUCAAUCCCUCAGUUGACGUAUCAUGGCUCAUUGUAUCCUCUUGCGAUAGAUUCAUACUUUCCAUAUUCUUACAGCUCUGAGCUGCUGUUUCCGGCUUUGCCAUACUACCAGCAACCUAUUUUUGGAGACUUAGGACACAUUAACAACGGUAACACCGAGAAAAAGGUUGAGAUACCAUAUCCCACAAACAUAAAAAAAAAUCCCGAAAUACCUGACGUGCCACCGCCUCCAUUGCCAGGCAAAGAAAAACCACGCAAUUCAUAACUAAACGCAAUGUUCUACGAGUCUGGGACAAAGCUGAUAGCUGAGAUAAGAAUCUCAAGCAAUAAUUAGAGGCAAGUAAUUGAAAUGAUGUCUAUACUUUUAUAUUUAUUGAUAUUAUCUACUUUAUUAUGAUUAAUAAUAAAUAUUCAAACAUCA